AUGGCUUCAAAUCCAACAGAUCUAUCAACAACAGAUGAUGAUGAAUAUCAAGUUCGACAUGAAGAUGAAGAAGAUGAUGAUGAAAGAACUAUUGAAGAAGAAGAACAGUUAGGUAGUGAUGAUGAACAAAAUGAAUUAGAUAAUUUACAAGCUGAUGCAAAUAUGCCAUUGGAUGAAUUACUUAAAUUAUAUGGUAAAAAUUCAUCACUUAUUCAUAGUAGAGCACAAGAAGAAGAUGAUAAUGAAUCGAAUAGUUCUUCUGAAGAUAAUAAUGAAAAACAUAGUCGACAUAAGUUUCAUCAUUUACUACAAAUUAAUGGUCAAUUAUUACCUGAAGAUGAUGAUGAUGAUGAUACAGAUGAUUCAUUCGAGAUUGAAAUUAUUAAGUUCAUCCGUGUUGGUGAUGAAUAUCAAGCACAAGUUGAAUCACAAGCGGAAUUUAAUUCAACAAAUGGACAAUAUGAUGAUAGAGAAGUACCUGUUGAUGAAUUGCUUUGGUCUCCAUCUUCUGUGAAUAAUGAUGAUAAUGAAAAAAUAGAUGAAUAUCUCAAAACAAUUCGUAAUGAAUAUCCAUUCGCUGAUGAUGAAAUAUCACUUCAAACUCUAUUCAAUUGUCAAAUGAAUACAGAAUUAGCUCUUAUUAAAUUUCGUCAAUUACCAAUGAAAACAAUUUAUACAUAUUCUGAAUGGUCACUCGAUGAAAUUCAACAUCUUGAAGAAGGUUUACGUGAAUAUGGAAAGAAUUUUUUCAAAAUAUCUCUAUAUAAAUGUCCAAAUCGAAGUGUUCGUGAAAUAAUUCAUUAUUAUUAUCAAUGGAAAAAAAGUGAACGAUAUCAAUUAUAUAUGGAAGAACAGCAGCGUCUUAAUGCAAUCAUUUCUGUCACUGAUAUGAUUGAAAAAUUAAUCGAAGAACAAGAACAACAACUAUGUACAGCAGUUAGUGUUAUAAAUUCAACAAAUUCCUCGUCAAUACUUUCGAAUGAUCUUAAACGAAAUUCUCCAAAUUCUUCAAUUUCAAUUGUAACUAUUCAUCAACAAGAAACCACUACCACAACAACAACAAAACGAUCAUUUGAUCAAGUUGAGAAUAAUAUUGAACCACCAUCAAAAAAAUCUUCACUUAAUACUAAUAAUUCACCAACGACAACUGUCGUUUAA